AGUAGAGUUGCGCUUGGAGAAGGGAUCGACGAGGAAUGCGCCACAGGCUGUCGCCGCCGACGCAACUUUGGCGCCACUCCUUGCUGCCCCAAAUGCGUUACCGGCUGCAGGUCGAACACCACCACCACUGCCGAGGAGGAUCAUCCGCAAACUGUCACGGAAAGAAGCUGCUCGACGCCGUCGCAACGGAUUUGUGCUACAACUGUAACGAAAGGUUCACAUAUGGGCAUCGCUGCGCUAACGCGAAUAUUUUGGUCAUGAUCGGGGACUUCAAGGAGGAAGGUGGCGGAGAAGAGGAGAAAGAAGGCAACCUCAGGGACGAGGUUGUUUAAAAGAGGGGGUGUUAGGUGCAUUAUAAUUCCGCCGGCCACCUAGGAUUAUUAGUAUUAUUAUUAUUAGUCUUUUGUAUUAAUUAUCGUUGAGAAUAUUCGGUUAAUAUAUGGUUAUUCGUAUUAUUAUAUUAUGUCUUGUCUAGGAAGUAAUCGUUUACUAGUUGGUUUGGGAUUGGGUUUUCUUGUCUUAAGGGGAAAGGGGUUUGUGGGACUUGUCCUAUAAAUAUGUACCUUUUAUCUUCGUUUUUGAUAAUUGUCGAAAACAUAUUGAUUUUGCGUGCUGAAUGUGAUUAUUUCAUGAUAUGUUUGAGACAUAUAAUGCUUGUUCAAAGCCUAAUUGACUAUGGAAUGGUUAUAAAACCAUUACCAUCAAGUGCCAAAUGUUUUAUAUAUUUCAGGUAAAUGAAACGAGAAAUUUGCAUUGGUGGAUAGAAUAAUUCAAGUGGACUGGAUAUACAUUGGACCAGAACUUAUUGACGAGUUGAAUCGGGACUGGACUUUUUCGGACUGGGGAUUUUUUGGGACUGGGCCUGGACGGAACAGAGUGAUUAUUCUUGGGGCCAUUAAUUGCAAGGGGACGAAAAUCUCUUGGGGGCAGCAAAUCAAUGGGGACGGAAUCUCUUUGAAUAAUAAAAAAAGAAAGGCUGCACAGGGAGGAGAAUUUUGGUGGAAGGACUGGGACAUAUUAGGUUGCUGGCGGGAGGAAUUAUUUUUUUUGGGAGGCGGCGGAAAUAAAAGAAGAGAAGAGAAGUCUUUGAGGAGGGCAGCAGGCGACAGAAGGGAAAAUAGGCAGCGGAACUUUAUUCUUUGAGGAGGGCAAGAAUUCUUGGAGAGAAAGAAAGAAAAGCCAAGGCAGCAGCAGAGCAAACGCGACCGGUCGAUUCUCAAUCGGCGAUUGAGAUUUUCAAGGCUUGAGCUGAGUUCAACGAGAGCGAUUAGUUGGUUGGAUUUUCUAAACUAAAUUAGUUGUUUCUUGUUGAUUUAGAACAUGAUGAACAAAACCCUAUCGAUUUAUUUUAAUUUCGUCAUGAACUAAACCCCAAUUUCUGGGAGAAACACCAUAGGAUGUAGCUAUUUCUUGAUUUGAUGGAUUGAUUUAUGAUUCUUUUCUUCCAAUCUCUAUUGCAUGGAAUUGCUUAAUGCUUUGUAUUGACUGGCCACCAAUACAUUGAUUUGUAGUUAAUUAGGUUAUUCGCGACAGUGAAAUCCUAUUAACUGAACCUAUUUCAUGUGACAUAGUAACUUAUCGAAGCGACAGUGGAUUAAAUAAGGUGCUAUACGGUCUUAAAUAGGAUAUCGAUCUUCAGACUAUAUUGUUAAUUCAUUGAGCUACGACAGUAGGAUUUGAAUUGAUUAUCUAGUACGUCGUAAUGCCCGACAGGGAUAGCGCACUUUCGUGAUAUCCUGGCUGUAGAGAGUUGGAUUAAACUGAUUGGAAUAUGUGAAUUAAUCUGGAUAGGAUAGGUAGUGAAUCCCAGUAUUUCUCCCAGAGCUUUCUCCCAUUGAGUUAAACCCGACACUUUAAUUUGCUUAAUUAGUUAAUUUUGCUUUUAGUUAAUAAUUUCAUCUCAUUAAACAUUUUCACAUAUAGUUUGCUCAAUAAAAAUUGAUAGAACUUAAGGUUGUACCAGUCCCUGAGAGACGAUACCCGGACUUUCCGGUUUACUACGAGAUAGGAUUGAGACAUUACGCUUUUGACCUAUCAAAUCUUAUUCAUUCGAUCAAUAAAGUCUAAUAAUUUAGUAGUAAUUUAUCUAUCUUUAUCACAUUCUGUAUUCGUUCGUUAGAAAGCUUGAGUUCUACGACGCGUGAGAAUCUAUCACGCGCCACUCACAAUGCAACGCCAUCGCCACGUUGUUGCCCGUUGAUAUAAAAGCACGGUACCCCCGGUUACAAAUCCAGAGGGAAAUCUGUUGUGGUCUUGGAGAAUCAACUCAAACUAGUAUGUUCUUACAUGUUUAUGUUCCCGAUAUCCUCUACAAUGGCUAACUAGCGACAAGCCGCAGAGUUGUCCAAAUCUGUGCAGGCUACAUGAUGUUCUUACCUUGCGUUGUAAAAAAAGAACCCAUUUUCCAAUUCCAAUUGAAUCCAAAAUCAAUCCACCCCUCUUAUAAGGUUUCCUCUUUCUGCAGGUGUACGUUCGAUUUGGAUUUAUUGAUAAGAAGACCAUAUUAAGUAUUAAGUAGAAUUAGUCAACCAAGUCCCCUUUUCCUUGGGACAAGUUCAUUCUGUUCCCUAUCUGGUUUGUUUUAGCAAAGAUCGGUGGGUGUAAAACUGUUGAUUCUGGUUCAAACAUGAAGACAAUGGAAACUUAAUGAUUACAGGGCCAGGGCUACCCCUUUUCCUUGAUAUAUCAUUGAUACGUUGUUCAGCGAGUACCUAAACCCAAAUUGUCAUUGCUUUGUCCACACCAAUGCCCGUUGAGUACUUCUAUUGUUAAAAAAAGAGCUGAUAUAAUUUAACAGUUGAAGAUGGAAUCUAAUACACUGUUGAUACUGAUAAUUGCAGUUAAAUGCAUUUGUCAAAACGAUAUUACAGUAACCUUAUCAUGUUGGUGUAAAGGAUUUCGAUUAUGCUAUUUUUCAAAUGUUUAAUCUUUGUAAAGUGUGAUGCUAAAAAAGGCAGAAACUUGACAUUUCAGAGAUUGGAUUAAACCGAUAGCCUCAGAUUAGCAUUUUGGCACAUUAGUCAUUGCAACAAACAGCCCCAUGUAAGAACGGUGUUUUACUUAUUCCAUGGAUGCGCAAAAGAAAGCUGCUGCCACUCAUGCCCUAAAGCUGUCUUCAUAAGCCGAAAUUUAUGUGUUGAUUCACCAGUGAAGUGGUGGAGAGAAAAUGUGAUGGCAAACGGAGGCGCGCUUGUGAAGAAAACCCUAGGGUGUAGACUUCUUAUGCUUCUCAGCAGAAAAAGAACCAACCCCUAGAAGCACAAAACACGUACUAUGAUGCCAAAAUUUUUCUUUAGGACUGAAGAAAGCGUUAGGGCACCACGUAGAGAACCCACGAGUAUUUCAGAGCCACUGAAAAUUUCUAACUCCACCCUAUAAUUAACCUCCAGCCCCAUAAAAAACAUCUGGUGUUUUGUGACAAAAGAGAUGAGUGUAUCUAAAAUUGAAUAAAAAUAGAGAUGGAUCAGAACAUAGGCUUGAAAUCUCUUAUAAAGAGAUAAGAUUCGCGCAGUUAUAUCAACUUCGUUCAUUUGGGGAAAUUAUCAUCACUUCCAUCUCAACGAAUAACCGAGUUUUUCAUGAAAACAUAGACAAUUUCAGAAAAUCAAAAUUUGAGAAAAUAGCAUAAUGAGUGUUAAAUUAAAGGGAAGGAUCAGAACAAAGGCUUGAAAUCUCUUACAAAGAGAUUAUGAUCGCUCAGUUUAUUCAGAUUCGUUCAUUUGGGGAAAGUGUCGUCACAUCCAAUCCCAGUAACACAAAAACAAAUAAAUCUUUAAAAAUACAAACUUUGAUGAAGGAUUUAGAUGAACCAUUGGAAAGGAAAUGAGAAGCCUCAGUAAGCCAGUCUAAUUUGACAUCAAGAUUGAAACAAUUCAGCCGGUAAUUCCAACUAAAUAGAAAUCAUCAUUGGCUUCAUAUUAUUAUGAUUAAACAAAUAAACUUAAAUCAUAUGU